AUUAAAUAUUAAAUGACUUACCAAAACGACGUCGCGUCGCCCGAAUAGAACUAUCCUUUUUCUAGCCGUUACCAUACACGCAUUACAUUCCAACAGUCACCAGCUCCGCUACUCGACCCCUUUUUUCAAAAAAUCUGACCGUUGGGAAGGAAUCCGAACGUUAUUAUUCUCCGCUCAUUCUCCUUCCUUCGCUCUAAAACCACACUACGAAGACUUUGCGCUCUGUCCUAAUUCUCUCUCUCGAUCGCGCUUUCCUCAUUUCCAAUUGAUUGAUGAUGGCGACGACGACGGAGAAAUUGUUUGUAAUCGACGAAGCGUACGAAUUCUCGGCGCCUCGGUUUUACGAUUUCAUGUCCGUCGAGACCGAAGAGGAAGUACGCGCGGCGGAGCAGUGGUUUGAGAACGCUCUUCCCCACGCUCCUUCCCCAUUUAUGCAAAGAAUAAAAGCUAGAAGAACAGUCCAGCCUCAGAUUCUGUGCGAUUUUGGCGAACAAGUUAAUGAGGGAAAAGAAUUGUCCGAAAAGAAUCAUGGCGAGAGACCGGAGCCUGAGUCGAUAAACCAGAUACCAACACCUCAAGCAGAAGUUGGUACCGAAGAAGCUCAAAAAAGUAUUAAUUCCUUAGCAGAAAGUGCAGAACUCACUGCAGCUGUGACUAAAGAAAAUGUGGAUGAAAAUAUCUCGAACACCAAUUCUAAAGCUGAAAAGGCAGAUGAUGUCGCUGUGUGCCCCGAGGGAAAUGUGAGCGUCGAAGAUGGAAAGGAGAAAUUACUUCAAGGUACAGAUGUUUGCACGCCGGCACCACAAAAGCCGACUGAGAACCAGAAACUUGAGGCAGCUAAAAGGAUAGCCAGCAAGAUUAAGAAUGUAUCGGCAAUGACUUCCAAGAAAUCAAAAGUCAAAGGCACUAAGACAUCCAGUGCUCGAAGAGGCAUAACUGCGAAGAGCAGCAUCGAAACUCCAAACCUUGCCCACGAAAACCCUGCUGUAAAAAGGCAGAAACUCGAAGGAGGGAAGACGAGACAGAUUCUUACUGUGAAUCAAAAUUCAAAUCUCCCUCACAAAACUAGACACGGAACAGUCAGGAAUAGCUCCAACUUUCACCAGUUACCUCCCAAGACUGAUAAAGAAGACAGAAAGGUCUAUGUUCGGGACAAAGCUGCCCCGUUUGUUUCUAUGGCCGAAAUGAUGAGAAAAUUUCAAUCGAGUACAAGAGAAAUGUCUUUGUCAUCAAAUGGUUCUCUUUUUCAGGGGAAGCCUAAACUUGUGCUGACCAGGCCCAAAACACCGGAAUUCCUUACCUCGCAAAGGGCACGCCCUAUUAAAGUCAAAAGCUCAGCCGAACUAGAGGAAGAGAUGAUGGCUAACAUUCCUAAGUUCAAGGCUCGUCCCUUAAAUAAAAAGAUAUUCGAGGCCACACCUUUGCCGCCAUUGCCAAGGACGGCGCCUCAGCCUCCAAGGUUCAAGGAAUUUCAUUUGGAAACUAUGUCAAGGGCGAAUCAUAACCCCGAAACAUCCUCUUUGGCGUCAUCGUCAGAAGCUACUACUGAGGUGAAGAGUUCUCAGUGGAAGCCUCAACUUUCUGUCCCGAAGUCGCCCUGUCUUCAGACAUAUCUCCGGGCGCGUCCUACAAAGGUCAAGAGUUCUGAGGAACUUGAAAAGGAGGCACUCCAAAAUGUACCACAAUUUAAAGCAAGACCAUUGAACAAGAAAAUAUUUGAAAGUAAAGGUGACAUGGGCAUCUUCUGCAACAUGAAAAAGCAAGUUACCAUUCCUCAAGAAUUUCAUUUUGCCACAGAUCAAAGAAUCCCACCACAAGCUGCAGUCUUCGAUCUAUUCGACAAGCUUUCGAUAAGCUCAGAGGACAAGCAUUUUCCUACAAACACAGUCCCACAUCCGUUCCUUCUCUACACAGAGCAAAGAGGAAUGGAGAAGGAGAAGAGAUUGGCUAUGGAGCUCAUGCAGAAAGAGCUUGAAGAGGAGAGAGCUAGAGUGCCGAGAGCUAAUCCGUAUCCCUACACUACAGACUAUCCCGUGGUUCCCCCGAAACCAGAGCCGAAACCAUGCACAAAACCAGAACCGUUUCAGCUGGAAAGCCUGUUGAGGCACGAGGAAGAAAUGCAGAGAGAGCAGGAAGAGCAGAGGAGAAUGGAGAUGGAAGCUGCCCAAAUGAGAAUAUUUAGAGCACAGCCUAUCUUGAAAGACAGUGAUCCAAUCCCAGUUCCUGAGAAACCAAGGAUCCCCUUAACAGAGGUACAGGGAUUCGAACUGCAUGUCGAUCACCGGGCUGUUGAUAGAGCAGAAUUUGAUAAGAAGAUUAAAGAGAAAGAAAUGACUUACAAGAGAUAUAGAGAGGAGGCAGAAUCAGCAAGGCUGAUGGAAGAAGAGAAGGAAUUGAAACAGUUGCGAAGAACGUUGGUUCCCCACGCUAGACCUCUACCCAAGUUCGACAACCCGUUCUUACCACAAAAGUCUGAUAAAGGAGUCACAAAAGCUAAGUCUCCAAAACUGCGCGUAGAUCAUAGAAGGGAGAAGCGAAGAGUCGUCUACCCCACAACGACGGUAGCAUCGACUACUUCUUCAGCAGCAGCAGCUUCUCGUAUGAGGUGAUUAUUAUAUGUAUUGUUGUGCGAUAGUAUUGUGCUGCUGCUAUGUACGGAUAUGUUCAACUAAUUCUUGAACACACGCCGUGGACGUUAUCAUGUAGUGUGUUGUGUGUAUUGUGUAACGAGUUUUUCGUACUGAACCUAGCAAUGUAGUUCAAUUUUAAACGAAGCUCUAUAUAUGUAAUAUAGUUAGAAGUUCUUACCUUGUAGCAUCAAACCGAAGUUAAAAUGCUCGUCAUGUUUUCCA